AUGAAUUUGCAUACGUUUGAUAUUGUGGCAAAAGAUAAAGGCAGUCCACAGAUGGAGGGGCACUGUACUGUAAAGAUCAGGAUUGCGGAUGUUAAUGAUAAUGCCCCUCAAAUUAUUAUAACCUCAAUGACCAGUCCAAUACCGGAGAAUUCAGCCCCCGGGAUGGUUAUUGCAUUGAUUAGCGCUAAAGACUUAGACGUUUGUGAGAAUGGCAAAGUAAAGUUAAACAUGUCCCCAGGUUCCCCGUUCACUCUGAAGCCCUCCGUUUCCAACCAUUACGCACUGGUGACCAAUGGCCCAUUAGACCGAGAGGCGUCCUCGAAGUAUGAUGUUGUCAUAAAUGCAGUUGAUUCAGCGUCCCCACCUUUAUCUACAAUGAUAACCGUAACCGUGAAAAUCCUAGAUGUCAAUGACAACCCUCCAGUGUUUUCCCAGACAUCAUAUACUGUUUAUUUAAAAGAAAAUGGCACCCUGGGAUCUUUACUGAACACAGUGUCCGCCUCUGAUACAGACAUGUGUGAGAAUGCGAAGAUCUCCUAUUAUAUAUUAGACUCUAAAGUACAAGACAUGUCUGUCUCCUCCUAUAUUUACAUAAACUCAGAUAACGGCAGCAUCUACAGCAGGGUUCUUCAAUUCCGGUCCUGGAGGGCCGAAACACUUCAGUUUUUUAUUUCUACCUGGUAGUUAACUGCACUCACCUGGUGUCCCAGGUCUGAAUUAGCCCCUGAUUAGAAGGAGAGGAUGAAAAACAGAGGUGUUUCGGCCCUCCAGGAUCGGAAUUGAAGAACCCUGAUCUACAGCAUGCACUCGUUUGACUAUGAGAAACUGAAGGUGUUUCAGAUCCAGGUGCUGGCAAAGGACCACGGCUCUCAGUUUCUGAACAGCAACGCCACGGUUCAUAUUUUUACCCUGGACCAGAAUGACAAUGCUCCCGCUGUUAUUUACCCCUCCGCUGUCAUGGGUUCUGUCUCCCAUCAGAAGAUGCCCCGGUCCGCUAAAGCAGGCCACCUCGCUACUAAGAUAUCAGCAGUGGAUGCAGACUCGGGCCAUAACGCCUGGAUUUCCUAUAGGCUGGCGGAGGCCACAGACUCGUCUCUGUUCAGUGUGAAUCUUUACACAGGGGAGGUGAACGCGCUGUUUCAGAGCAGGAUGACUCAUCUCAGAGGCUGCUUAUAGAGAUAAAGGACAAUGGGGAACCGGCCCAGUCCACCACAGUCACAGUCAACAUACUGUUAGAGGACGGGCUCCACGAACCCAUCUCGGGCCUCCGCCAGAAAACAACGUAGCCCAUCAAGAGAAACAGUAAAAUCACCUUUUAUUUGAUCAUCUCCCUGGCCUCAGUGUCCAUGUUGUCUUUGUUGACUUUUCUCAUUUUAGUGGUGAAGUGCGUUAGAAACAGUAGGAGCAGCUCCAGUUGCUGUAUCAGACGGGCUGACUCUGACGGAUACAAGAAUCCCAACAGAAACCUGCAGCUCCAACUCAAUACUGACGGCCCUAUUAAGUAUGUGGAGGUCCUGGGAGGGGACAUGUUGUCUCAGAGCCAGUCCUUCAGGUCGUGUCUCUCUCCGGUGUCAGAGUUCAGUGAUUUCACCCUCGUUAAGCCCAGCAGCACCAUUGACUUUAAGGACAUGAUAAAUGUGCUUGAUGCAUCUUUACUGGACAGUGGGUGGACGUUUGAGAGCCAGCAGGUGAGAGCAGCUACUUUAUAAUGUGUGUUUUUAUUGUCACUGGAUUAUAUCGUUGUCCAUUAAUGACUGUAUGUCCUGGCACUGGGUUUUACCACUUCUAUUCAUUCGAUUCUAUAUUGUUUGGGUGUUUUGCAUUCACUCCUCAUCUCAGCGUUUUAAAGAGUAUCGUUUCACUUGGUCUAAGCGCUAGGGGCUACAGGCGCUCUCCACAAACGAGGUGCUGAAAUACUGUAGCUCUGGAAUAGCUAGAGCGUCAUGGAACACUUGGUCCUGUUGUUUUGUUAUUAGUCUAACAUUUAGUUGUGGCAGUCCUUUUGCACCUUACCGAGAGAAAAAAAAUGCAUGAAUUCAUGAAAUGGCGUUCUUCGACACUUUGGCAAAACCGUUAUAUAUUCAUGUUUAUUUAUUUACAUGAAGGUAAACUAUGAAUGCCAAUGCUGUAACAGACCCCCAUUUUGAGGAGUAAAUGGACACAUCGCUACAUCACUUCUGCUCAUAGCUGCGCAGUUUUUAUUUUUACUGCCAGUGCUGAGCUGCUCUCAAUGAUAAUCGAUUGGAGCUUUGUGAACCAAUCAUGUGCUGAACUGUACAAAGAGAUCUAGUACCUCCCCCAGCCUCAGCACCAUAAACCUAGCCUCGUCGAGAGCCAGGCUUUUUUUGGAGGUAUGACUACGCAAGACUACCAUAACCCUUACAAUGCACAGAGCUGAGAGAGACAGAGCUGCGCUCAUUUUGAGAGAUAGGACGGACAUUUAAAACUGUGUUCAAUUCUAUCCGAAUAAUAGGUUUUGCUUAGUGGGAUUAUCUUGCAAUGUAUUACAAACCAAUACCUUUACGAAUUCCAAGGGAUCAUCAUUCAUGGAAAUGAGGAUUCUAAUGAAGAUAAUGGUAUUUCUAUGGCGGGGGCUUCUGCUUUCCUCCCUUCUUGGGAAGACAAUAGAAGCGCAGACGCGCUACACCAUCCCCGAGGAGCUGAAUGUGGGAUCCGUUGUUGGGAAUAUAGCUAAGGAUCUGGGUUUGCAAGUGUCUGAGAUUUCCGAUCGUAAACUGAGGAUAGCCUCCGAGGGCGGUAAGCAGUAUUUCAGUGUGGAUUUGGGAAGAGGUGACCUUAUUGUUAGUGAGAGAAUAGACAGAGAGAAUCUGUGUGGACGAAGUCCCAAUUGUUUGUUACCUUUGGAGGCUUUAAUUGAAAACCCACUACAGCUGUUUCGUGUUGAAAUCGAAGUACAGGAUAUAAAUGACAAUUCCCCAGUAUUCCAAAACAAUCAAAAUGUUCUAAAUAUUGCGGAGUCUAGAAUUCCAGGUGUAAGAUUUCGUUUGGAAUCAGCACAAGACCCCGACGUUGGCUCCAAUACCUUACGCUCAUAUACACUAAGUAAAAAUGAACAUUUUGUGUUAGACAUAAAAACAAAGAAGGAUGGGUCAAAAGUCCCAGAAUUAGUUUUAGAAAAAGUAUUGGACAGAGAAAGGCAAUCCAUACAGAGCCUGCUUCUGACGGCCGUAGAUGGUGGAAAUCCUGCUAGAUCAGGUACAGCAGAAAUUACUAUUCGAGUUCUAGACAAUAACGACAAUGCACCCGUGUUUGAAGAAAGUACAUAUGACAUUCAAGUGGUUGAAAACACAUCACCAGGAACGGUCGUUGUCACUGUUAAAGCAGUCGAUCUUGAUCAAGGGUCCAACAGUGAGAUCGUUUACUCACUUGGACCACACACAUCAGAGUCACUACAGGACCUUUUAACUAUAGAUCCGCAAACCGGUGAAAUAAAGGUUAAAGGAGAUAUAGAUUAUGAAAAGGGAAAUUCGUUUAAAUUUGAUGUUCUCGCAACAGACAAAGGCACCCCACCAAUGCAGGGCGUAUGUAGUAUUAAUGUAGAAGUUAUGGAUUUAAACGACAAUUCCCCAGCUAUCAUUUUAAAGUCUCAGCCUAGCCCGGUGAGUGAAGACGCGCCUAUUGGAACAGUUGUUGCUUUGAUAAGCGCUAAGGACAUAGACUCUGGAGAUAAUGGUAAAGUCAAUCUGAAUAUAGCGCCAGGCUUACCUUUUUCAUUAAAUCCAUCAAUUUCUAAUAACUACGCUUUGGUUAGUGAUUCCAGUUUGGAUCGGGAGAAAAAAACAGAGUACACUGUCGAAAUUACAGCUUCUGACCUCGGGAAACCGUCUCUUACCUCCAGAAAAACAAUCACGGUUCGUAUUUUAGAUGUCAAUGACAACUCGCCAGUGUUUUCCCAGACCUCCUAUACUGUGUACGUUAAAGAAAACGGCAUCCCGGGAUCUUUACUGAGCACAGUGUCCGCCUCUGAUACAGACAUGGGUGAGAAUGCGAAGAUCUCCUUUUCUAUAUUAGACUCUAAAGUUCAAGACGUGUCUGUCUCCUCCUAUAUUUACAUAAACUCAGAUAACGGCAGCAUCUACAGCAUGCACUCGUUUGACUAUGAGAAACUGAAGGUGUUUCAGAUCCAGGUCCAGGCAAAGGACCACGGCUCUCCGUCUCUGAGCAGCAACACCACGGUUCAUGUUUUUAUCUUGGACCAGAACGACAAUGCACCCGCUGUUAUUUACCCCUCCGAUGUCAUGGGCUCGCAUCAGAAGAUUCCCCGGUCCGCUAAAGCAGGCCACCUCACCACUAAGAUAUCGGCAGUGGACGCAGACUCAGGCCAUAACGCCUGGAUUUCCUAUAGGCUGGUGGAGGACACACACUCGUCUCUGUUCAGUGUGAAUCUUUACACAGGGGAGGUGAGAACUAAACGCGCUGUUUCAGAGCAGGAUGACUCCUCUCAGAGGCUGCUUAUAGAGAUAAAGGACAAUGGGAAACCGGCCCAAUCCUCCACAGUCACAGUCAACAUAUUGUUAGAGGACGGGCUCCACGAGCCCAUCUUGGACUUCCGCCAGAAAACAGCAGAGCCCAUCAAGAGAAACAGUAAAAUCACCUUUUAUUUGAUAAUCUCUCUGGCCUCAGUGUCCGUGUUGUCUAUGUUGACUUUUCUCAUCUUAGUGGUGAAGUGCGUUAGAAACAGUAGGAGCAGCUCGAGUUGCUGUAUCAGACGGGCUGAUUCUGACGGUUACAAGAAUCCCAACAGAAACCUGCAGCUCCAACUCAAUACUGACGGCCCCAUUAAGUAUGUGGAGGUCCUGGGAGGGGACAUGUUGUCUCAAAGCCAGUCCUUCAGGUCGUGUCUCUCUCCGGUGUCAGAGUUCAGUGAUUUCACCCUCGUUAAGCCCAGCAGCACCACUGACUUUAAGGACAUGAUAAACGUGCUUGACGCAUCUUUACCGGACAGCGCGUGGACCUUCGAGAGCCAGCAGGUGAGAGGAUUUAAUUAGGUUUGUUUUUAUUAUUACCGGAUUAUAUCGUUGUUCAUUUAUGACUGUCUCCUGGCGCUGGGUUUUACCACUUUUAUUCAUUUCGAUUCUAUAUAAUUUGGGUGUUUUGCAUUCACUCUUUAUAACAGCGUUUUAAGCUAGAGAUACUGUAACUGUUUUAUUUUGCAUUGGAUGCGUCUCAAUCUAGCCUCCCGAGUGGCGCAGUGGUCUAAGGCACUGCAUCGCAGUGCUAGCUCUGCCUCUAGAGAUCCUGGUUCGAAUCCAGGCUCUGUCGUAGCCGGCCGCGACCGGGAGACCCAUGGGGCAGCGCACAAUUGGUCCAGUGGAGGGAAUAGGCGGCAGGGAUGUGGGUUCGAUUCCCAUGGGGGACCAGUAUAAAACGAAGCACUAACUGUAAGUCGCUCUGGAUAAGAGUGUCUGCUAAAAUGCAUCCACCGUUGUGCAUAUGCGGAGCUAGAGCGCUGUUAGUCAGACCAUGAGGCAUCCCGAAAAUCAGUAUUUUCACAGAAUCAGCUGUAGCGUUCGAAAGGUUUGGCCUACAAACUAUUCUGACCCAUGUAUGUAAAGAUGAGACGAACACCUACAUGUCAGUUGUUUUGCUCUAGGGUUAGGGUUAGGCCUCACAAGACUCUUCUGAAGGUCCCCCAGUACCAUUUGAACAGAAGUACAUAUCGAGAUUGUUUAGUGCCAAAAAUAAGGGGUUAAAUACAUGUUUCCUGAUCUUUCUUAUAUCUCUCAGAUAUAGGACAGACACUUCAGAACAAACUUCCUUUUGAAUUUUUUGGGGGGACUAUCUGUUGUUCCAUGUAGUGAUUCUGUAAUUCAAUGUGUUUGUAUUGGGCUAAUAGCAGUAAGGCCAUACAUAUUACAAUGUUCAUCAAAUACACAUAUAUAUAUAUUUUAGAUAUACUUCAAGGGGUCUUAAAAUUCCAAAUCAAAUAGCUAAAUGAUACUUGGUAUGACCUUCUGAAAACAAUUCCAUAUAGUUUAGUAAAACCCCCCUGCCGCGGUUUAGACAGGGCUUGUAGAGGGUUAAACUGACAGAUACAGUGGGGAAAAAAAGUAUUUAGUCAGCCACCAAUUGUGCAAGUUCUCCCACUUAAAAAGAUGAGAGAGGCCUGUAAUUUUCAUCAUGUACACGUCAACUAUGACAGACAAAAUGAGAAAAAAAAAUCCAGAAAAUCACAUUGUAGGAUUUUUAAUGAAUUUAUUUGCAAAUUAUGGUGGAAAAUAAGUAUUUGGUCAAUAACAAAAGUUUCUCAAUACUUUCUUAUAUACCCUUUGUUGGCAAUGACACAGGUCAAACGUUUUAUGUAAGUCUUCACAAGGUUUUCACACACUGUUGCUGGUAUUUUGGGCCAUUCCUCCAUGCAGAUCUCCUCUAGAGCAGUGAUGUCGCUGGGCAACACAGACUUUCAACUCCCUCCAAAGAUUUUCUAUGGGGUUGAGAUCUGGAGACUGGCUAGGCCACUCCAGGACCUUGAAAUGCUUCUUACGAAGCCACUCCUUCGUUGCCCGGGCGGUGUGUUUGGGAUCAUUGUCAUGCUGAAAGACCCAGCUACGUUUCAUCUUCAAUGCCCUUGCUGAUGGAAUGAGGUUUUCACUCAAAAUCUCACGAUUUUGAGUGAAAACCUCAUUCCUUUACACGGAUCAGUCGUCCUGGUCCCUUUGCAGAAAAACAGCCCCAAAGCAUGAUGUUUCCACCCCCAUGCUUCACAGUAGGUAUGGUGUUCUUUGGAUGCAACUCAGCAUUCUUUGUCCUCCAAACACGACGAGUUGAGUUUUUACCAAAAAGUUAUAUUUUGGUUUCAUCUGACCAUAUGACAUUCUCCCAAUCCUCUUCUGGAUCAUCCAAAUGCACUCUAGCAAACUUCAGACGGGGCUGGACAUGUACUGGCUUAAGCAGGGGGACACGUCUGGCACUGCAGGAUUUGAGUCCCUGGCGGCAUAGUGUGUUACUGAUGGUAGGCUUUGUUACUUUGGUCCCAGCUCUCUGCAGGUCAUUCACUAGGUCCCCCCGUGUGGUUCUGGGAUUUUUGCUCACCGUUCUUGUGAUCAUUUUGACCCCACGGGGUGAGAUCUUGCGUGGAGCCCCAGAUCGAGGAAGAUUAUCAGUGGUCUUGUAUGUCUUCCAUUUCCUAAUAAUUGCUGCCACAGUUGAUUUCUUCAAACCAAGCUGCUUACCUAUUGCAGAUUCAGUCUUCCCAGCCUGGUGCAGGUCUACAAUUUUGUUUCUGGUGUCCUUUGACAGCUCUUUGGUCUUGGCCAUAGUGAAGUUUGGAGUGUGACUGUUUGAGGUUGUGGACAGGUGUCUUUUAUACUGAUAACAAGUUCAAACAGGUGCCAUUAAUACAGGUAACGAGUGGAGGACAGAGGAGCCUCUUCAAGAAGAAGUUACAGGUCUGUGAGAGCCAGACAUCUUGCUUGUUUGUAGGUGACCAAAUACUUAUUUUCCACCAUAAUUUGCAAAUAAAUUCAUUAAAAAUCCUACAAUGUGAUUUUCUGGAGAAAAAAAAUCUCAUUUUGUCUGUCAUAGUUGACGUGUACCUAUGAUAAAAAUUACAGGCCUCUCUCACCUUUUUAAGUGGGAGAACAUGUACAAUUGGUGGCUGACUAAAUACUUUUUUUCCCCACUGUAUUUAUGGGGAUUUUUUUUAUUAUACUAAUUAGAUUUUGGGCCGCAGAAAUCAACUCUAGGUUAAAGAAUAUUGUUUAACUUGGUCUAAGCACUCAGGGCUGCAGGCGCUGUCCACAAACGAGGUGCUGGAAUAGCUCUGGAAUAGUUAGCAGGUCAUGGAACACUUGCUCCUGUUGUUUUGUUCGUGUUCUUCGUUUAAAAUUGUGUUGUGGUAGUCCGUUUGCAUCUGUCUGAAAAACAAUGCAUGCCUUGAUACAGUGCAUUCGGAAAGUAUUCAGACCCCUUAACUUUUUACACAUUUUGUUACGUUACAGCCAUAUUCUAAAAUGGAUUAAAUAAAUAAAAAUCCUGUUCAAUCAACACACAAUACCCCAUAAUGACAAAGUGAAAACAGGUUUUUAGAAACGUUUGCACAUUUAUUAAAAAUAAAAAACAGAAAUACAUUAUUUACAUAAGUAUUCAGACCCCUUGCUAUGAGACUCGAAAUUGAGCUCAGAUGCAUGCUGUUUCCAUUGAUCAUCGUUGAGAUGUUUCUACAACUUAAUUGGAGUCCCCCUGUAGUAAAUUAAAUUAAUUGGACAUGAUUUGGAAAGGCACACACCUGUCUAUAUAAGGUCCCACAGUUGACAGUGCAUGUCAGAGCAAAAACCAAGCCCUGAGGUCGAAGGAAUUGUCCGUAGAGCUCCGAGACAGGAUUGUGUCGAGGCACAGCUCUGGAGAAGGGUACCAAAACAUUUCUGCAGCAUUGAAGGCUCCCAAGAACACAGUGGCCUCCAUCAUUAUUAAAUAGAAUAAGUUUUGAUCCACCAAUACUCUUUCUAGAGCUGGCUUCCCGGCCAAACUGAGUAAUUAGGGGGAAAGGGCCUUGGUCAGGGAGGUGACCAAGAACCCGAUGGUCAGUCUGACAGGGCUCCAGAGAUCCUCUGUGGCGAUGGGAGAACCUUUUCAGAAGGAGAACCAUCUCUGCAGCACUCCACCAAUCAGGCCUUUAUGGUAGAGUGGCCAGAUGGGUGCCACUUCAGUUUUCUAAUCUAUUAUUAGUAUUCCAGUGACUACAUUAGAACAAAUCUUGCAUACUUUAAAUGUAUAUGUUUCCAUAACUAUGCAUGUUGAUAAUAGCUUCAUGUGUUUUUGUGGUUCUUUUGAUAAACAUCUUGCGUUUUUGAGGCUAUACACUGCAUAGCCCGACUGAACUUUUUGGUUUGGCGCUGUCCAAUGUUCUGAAAUCUACGCUACUGUUCUGACUCGUUGAAUGUGGUUGUUUUGUUUGCUGUCUGCGAUGCUUGAAUAGGGGAGAGCUCUGAGUGAUUCAGUUCUUCACUAUAGCAACAUUGUACUUUUUUAAAACCUCAACUAGUAGAACAUCUUGGUUGUUUUGUACCGUGCUUUGUUGUUCUGUUCCCUUACUUGCUCUUACAUUUUUAGUUAAAUAUGAAUUGCUUCUCUUUUUUACGACUUUGAUAGGGGGAAAAAACUGCAUUAUUGCAUCAACAGGAUAUGUCACAAAAGAUAGAGGACCCAUUGUUCCGUUUAAAUGUUUUGUUCAUGAAACAGUAGCUAUAUGUCUAACAGAAAUUAUAUUAUUUCAUUCUACUUCCAUUUCAAUGUCCGGUGUAUUUUGAUUUUCAUCAUUUUAUAAUUAGUCUUACGAAAAACUGUUUUUGUUUCUGAUUGUAGAGCGUAGUAGGCCUACACGGUUGUUUUCCUCUACCGUAGCCUGGGUCUGUACUGCUGCUUAAAGGCAGCACUGCUCAUAGUCUUAAUCUAUUGGAGCGCUGAGCGCCAAUAGCAUGCAGCAUUGUACAAAGAGAUCUACUCCCUCCCCCAGCCAUAGCACAGUAGCCCAUACAAUGCACAGAGAUGGGAGAGACGGAGCUACACUCAUCGAUACAGUGAAAGGAAUAUUUUUGCAACAUUUUGUACAUGAAAUUACUGUGUAUUUGGAAAUUGCAUUGCAUUCUCUUGCGAUGUGUGACGGAUCAAGUGCUUUAUAUAUUGCACGCUAUUUGUGGAGAUGUGGACGCUAGUCAAGAUAAAGAUUGUUCCAUGGCUGGCAUUAUGGAUGUUCUUUCUCUUGUGGAAUACAAUAGAGGCGCAGACUCGAUACACCAUUCCUGAGGAACUGGACGUGGGCUCUGUUGUUGGAAAUAUAGCUAAGGACUUGGGUUUUGAAAUCUCUAAGAUCUCUACUCGCAAACUGAGGAUAGCCCCCGGGGAUGGUAAGCAAUAUUUCGCUGUGGAUUUGGGAAAGGGCGAGCUCAUUGUAAAUGAACGGAUAGACAGAGAGAGUCUGUGCGGACAAAGCGCGAGUUGUUUGUUACCUCUGCAGGUUAUCAUUGAGGACCCACUUCAGUUUUAUCGAGUUGAGGUGGAAAUACUGGAUAUAAAUGACAAUUCUCCACGUUUCAAGUCAGAUGAAAACACAGUUAAUGUGGCGGAAUCAACUCUACCAGGGGCAAGAGUUCCGUUGGAAACGGCGCAAGACCCUGAUGUUGGAGUAAAUAUGCUGCACUCUUACACCUUGAAUAAAAACGACUUCUUCAAGUUGAAUGUUAAGAAUAGCAGAGACGGAACAAAGAUUCCUGAACUUGUUCUUGAAAAAGCCAUUGACAGGGAGAAACAGUCUGUCCAUCAUCUCAUUCUUACAGCAUUUGACGGAGGUUCUCCUGCUAGAUUGGGGAUAGCGAAAUUUACAGUUAUCGUUUUGGAUAACAAUGACAACGCUCCAAGUUUUGAGCAAGACUUGUAUGAGAUCCAACUUAGUGAAAAUACCAAUCCUGGAACGUUAGUAUUGACUGUUAAAGCUGACGAUUUAGAUGAGGGCUCCAACAGUGAUAUAAUUUAUUCAUUCGGGUCGCAAACACCAGAUGAAAUCCAAAAACGUUUUGCUAUCGACCAAGAAACAGGAGAAAUAACAUUGUCACAGGAGUUAGAUUACGAAAUAGGUCCUUCAUACAAAUUUGAUAUACGUGCGAGAGACAAAGGCACGCCAUCUAUGGAGGGGCACAGCGAUGUUCAGGUGACAGUUAUAGAUGUUAAUGAUAACCCACCUGAGAUAACCAUCACCUCCUCACCCAAACCCGUUAGAGAGGAUGCCCCAGUAGGUACCAUGGUAGCACUAAUUAGUGCAAAGGAUUUGGACUCGGGAGAAAAUGGUAAAGUUUCCCUUCGUAUGUCUUCAGAUUACCCUUUCAAAUUAAACCCCUCAUUUUCAGAUCAUUACGCACUAGUAACAGAUUCAACUUUAGACCGGGAGAAAUUCCCUGAAUACCGUAUUGAGCUUGAAGCAUCGGACUCAGGGUCCCCAGCUCUGACCUCGAAUAAAAUCAUAACAGUGGAUAUUUUAGAUGUUAAUGACAACCCUCCAAUUUUCUCCCAGCCGUCUUACACUGUUUAUGUCAGAGAGAACAAUGCUGCUGGAUCAAUAAUGUGUUCAGUGUCCGCUUCAGAUCCAGAUAUAGGUGAGAAUGCGAAGAUGUCCUAUUCUAUAUUAGACUCUAAAGUGCAAGACGUGUCUGUCUCCUCCUAUAUUUACAUAAACUCAGAUAACGGCAGCAUCUACAGCAUGCACUCGUUUGACUAUGAGAAACUGAAGGUAUUUCAGAUCCAGGUACAGGCAAAGGACCACGGCUCUCCGUCUCUGAGCAGCAACACCACGGUUCAUGUUUUUAUCCUGGACCAGAACGACAAUGCACCCACUGUUAUUUACCCUUCUGCUGUCAUGGGCUCUGUGUCCCAUCAGAAGAUGCCCCGGUCCGCUAAAGCAGGCCACCUCGCUACUAAGAUAUCGGCAGUGGACGCAGACUCUGGCCAUAACGCCUGGAUUUCCUAUAGGCUGGCGGAGGCCACAGACUUGACUCUGUUCAGUGUGAAUCUUUACACAGGGGAGGUGAGGACUAAACGCGCUGUUUCAGAGCAGGAUGACUCAUCUCAGAGUCUGCUUAUAGAGAUAAAGGACAAUGGGGAACCGGCCCAGUCUACCACAGUCACAGUCAACAUACUGUUAGAGGACGGGCUCCACGAACCCAUCUCGGACUUCACCCAGAAAACAGCCGAGCCCAGCAAGAGAAACAGUAAAAUCACCUUUUAUUUGAUAAUCUCUCUGGCCUCAGUGUCCAUGUUGUCUUUGUUGACUUUUCUCAUCUUAGUGGUGAAGUGCGUUAGAAACAGUAGGAGCAGCUCGAGUUGCUGUAUCAGACGGGCUGAUUCUGACGGUUACAAGAAUCCCAACAGAAACCUGCAGCUCCAACUCAAUACUGACGGCCCCAUUAAGUAUGUGGAGGUCCUGGGAGGGGACAUGUUGUCUCAAAGCCAGUCCUUCAGGUCGUGUCUCUCUCCGGUGUCAGAGUUCAGUGAUUUCACCCUCGUUAAGCCCAGCAGCACCACUGACUUUAAGGACAUGAUAAACGUGCUUGAUGCAUCUUUACCGGACAGCGCGUGGACGUUCGAGGGCCAGCAGGUGAGAGGAUUUAAUUAUGUUUGUUUUUAUUAUCACCGGAUUAUAUCGUUGUUCAUUUAUGACUGUAUCUCCUGGCACUGGGUUUUGCCACUUCUAUUCAUUUCGAUUCUAUAUAAUUUGGGAGUUUUGCAUUCACUCUUUAUAACAGCGUUUUAAGCUAGAGAUACGGUAUCUGUUUUAUUUUGCAUUGGAUGCAUCUCCAUCCACCGCAUCCACCGAUGUCGCACUCCCGCAUAUGCGGUGAAAGGUGACAGAGCUAGAGCGCUGUUUGUCAGACCAAGAGGCAUCCCGAAAAUCGGUCUUCUCACGAAAUCAUCUGUAGCGUUCGAACGGUUUGGCCUACAAACUAUUCUGACCACUCUAUGUAAAGAUGAGACUCUCACGAACUCGAUGGUGUUCUCCGUUUUACGUUUCACCCCAUAAGCAUCUUAGGACUCGUCUGAAGUCGUUACAGCCGAUCUGCCAACUUCUGUCUGUAGUCCGAACGGUUUGGGCUACACACUAAUUUGACCCAUCUGAGGAAAGGUGAGACACUCACGAACACGUACAUGUCAGUUGUUUUGCACUAGGACACCCAAAGGCCUCACAAGUCUUGUCUGAAGGUCCCCCAGUACCAGUUGAACGGAAGUAUAUAUGGAGAUUGUUUAGUGCCAAAAAUAAAGGGUUAAAUACAUGUUUCCUGAUCUUUCUUAUAUCUCUCAGAUAUAAGACAGACACUUCAGAACAAACUUCCUUUUGAUUUUUUGGGGGGACUAUCUUUUGUUCCAUGUAGUACAUCUGUAAUUCAAUGUGUUUGUAUUGGGCUAAUAGCAGUAAGGCCAUGUUACAAUGUUCAUCACAUUUUUAUAUAUAUAUAUAUAUAUAUAUAUAUAUAUACUUCAAGGGGUCUUAAAAUUCAAAAUCAAAUAGCUAAAUGAUACUUGGUAUGACCUUCUGAAAAUAACUCCAUAUAGUUUAGUAAAAACAAAUUCCCCCUGUUUAGACAGGGCUUAGUCUGUAGAGGGUUAAACUGACAGAUAUUUAUGGGGAUUUUUUUAUAAUGCUAAUUAGAUUUCUGCGAGCCGCAGAAAUCGAUUCUAGGUUAAAGAAUAUUGUUUAAUUUGGUCUAAGCGCUCAGGGCUGCAGGCGCUGUCCACAAAUGAGGUGCUGAAAUAGCUCUGGAAUAGUUAGCGGGUCAUGGAACGCUUGAUCCUGUUGCUUUGUCUGUGUGCUUCGUCUAAAAUUGUGUUGUGGCAGUCCGUUUGCAUCUGUCUGAAAAUCAAUGUAUGCCUUGCAGUACAUACAGUGCAUUCGGAAAGUAUUCAGACCCCUUCACUUUUUACACAUUUUUGUUACGUUACAGCCUUAUUCUAAAAUGGAUUAAAUAAAUAAAAAUCCUCAUCAAUCUACACACAAUACCCCAUAAUGACAACGUGAAAACAGGUUUUUAGAAACAUUUGCACAUUUAAAAAAAAUAAAAAACAGAAAUACAUUAUUUACAUAAGUAUUCAGACCCAUUGCUAUGAGACUCGAAAUUGAGCUCAGAUGCAUCCUGUUUCCAUUGAUCAUUGUUGAGAUGUUUCUACAGUUCACCUGUAGCAAAUUAAAUUGAUUGGACAUGAUUUGGAAAGGCACACACCUGUCUAUAUAAGGUCACACAGUUGACAGUGCAUGUCAGAGCAAAAACCAAGCCAUGAGGUCGAAGGAAUUGUCCGUAGAGCUCCUAGACAGGAUUGUGUCGAGGCACAGAUCUGGAGAAGGGUACCAAAACAUUUCUGCAGCAUUGAAGGCCCCCAAGAACACAGUGGCCUCCAUCAUUCUUAAAUUGAAGAAGUUUGGAACCACCAAUACUCUUCCAAGAGCUGGCUUCCCGGCCAAACUGAGUAAUUGGGGGAAAAGGGCCUUGGUCAGGGAGGUGACCAAGAACCCAAUGGUCAGUCGGACAGGGCUCCAGAGUUUCUCUGUGGCGAUGGGAGAACCUUUUCAGAAGGAGAACCAUCUCUGCAGCACUCCACCAAUCAAGCCUUUAUGGUAGAGUGGCCAGAUAGAUGCCACUUCUCAGUAAAAGGAACAUGACAGCCCACUUGGAGUUUGCCAAAAUGCACCUAAAGGACUCUCAGACCAUGAGAAACAAGAUUGUUUGGCCUGAUGAAACCAAGAUUGAACUCUUUGGCCUGAAUGCCAAGCUUCACGUCUGGAGGAAACCUGGCACCAUCCCUACGGUGAAGCAUGGUGGUGGCAGCAUCAUGCUGUGGGGAUGUUUUUCAGCGGCAGGGACUGGGAGACUAGUUAGGAUCGAGGGAAAGAUGAACGGAGCUAAGUACAGAGAGAUCAGCCAAGACAAUGCAGGAGUGGCUUCGGGACAAGUCUCUGAAUGUCCUUGAGUGGCCCAACCAGAGCCCGGACUUGAACCCGAUCGAACAUCUCUGGAGAGACCUAGAAAUAGCUGUGCUGCAACGCUCCCAGACCAACCUGACAGACCUUGAAAGGAUCUGCAGAGAAGAUUGGGAGAAACUCCCCAAAUAAAGGUGUGCCAAGCUUGUAGCAUCAUACCCAAGAAGACCCGAGGAUUUAAUCGCUACCAAAAGUGCUGCAACAAAGUACAGAGUAAAGGGUCUGAAUACUUAUGUAAAUGUGAUAUUUCCGGUUUUUUUUUUUUUUUAUACAUUUGCAAACAUUUCUAAAAACCGGUUUUUGAUUUGUCAUUAUGGGGUGUUGUGUAUAGAUUGAUGAGGGGAAAAAAAGCAAUUAAAUCAUUUUUAGAAUAUGACUGUAACAUAAUUUUUUUUGGAAAAAGUCAAGGGGUCUGAAUACUUUCCAAACGCACUGUACAGGCUAUUUAUUUUACAUGAUAUUAAUUCAUGAAAUGAUAUUCUUCUACACUUUGGCAAAGCUUUUAUAUAUGCUUUUUAUUUGUUUGUUUAUUUAACAUGAAGGUAAACAAUACAUUCCAGUGCUGUAACAGACCCCAAUUUUGAGAAGUAAAUGGACACAUCACUACAUCACUACUGCUCAUAACUGCACUGUUUCUUUAACUGCCAGUGCUGAGAUUCUUGCAAUGAUAAUCCAUUGGAGCUCUGUGAACCAAUCAUGUGCUGAACUGUACAAAGAGAUCUAGUACCUCACCCAGCCUCCGCACCAUAACCCUAGCCUCGUCGAGAACCAGGAUGUAUUUUUGUUGAAGUAUGGCUACGGGAGUCUACCAUUCUUCAAUGCACAGAGCCUAUAGAGACAGAGCUGCGCUCAUAUUGAAAGAUAGGCCGGAUAUUUAAAAGGGUGUUCAAUUCUAUGCAAAUAAUUCAUUUUACAAAGUGGGAUUAUAUUCCAAUGUAUUACAAACCAAGACCUUGACGAAGUUCAAGGGAUCAUCAUUCAUGGAAAUGAGGAUUCUAAUGAAGAUUAAGGUAUUUCUAUGGCGGGGGCUUCUGCUUUCCUUCGUCCUGGUGAAGACAAUAGAAGCGCAGACGCGCUACACCAUCCCUGAGGAGCUCAAUGUGGGAUCUGUUGUUGGGAAUAUAGCUAAAGAUCUGGGUUUGAAGGUGUCUGAGAUUUUCGAUCGUAAACUUAGAAUAGCUUCCGAGGGUGGUAAGCAGUAUUUCAGUGUGGAUUUGGGAAAAGGCGAGCUCUUUGUUAAUGAGAGGAUAGACAGAGAAAGUAUGUGUGGAGGAAAUGCCAAUUGUCUGUUGCCUUUAGAGGCUAUUAUAGAAAACCCACUACAGUUGUAUCGUGUUGAGAUCGAAAUACAGGAUAUAAAUGACAAUUCCCCAGUAUUUCAAAGCAAUAUAAAUGUUUUAAAUAUUGCGGAGCACACACUACCAGGCGCAAGAUUUCGUUUAGAAUCAGCACAGGACCCCGACGUUGGCUCCAAUUCUUUACGCACAUAUACACUUAGUAAAAAUGAACAUUUUGUGCUAGAUAUUAAAACAAAUAAAGAUGGGUCAAAAGUAUCCGAAUUGAUUUUAGAAAAGGUAUUGGACAGAGAAAAACAGUCCGUACACAGCCUGCUUCUAACAGCUGUAGAUGGUGGAAAUCCUGCUAGAUCAGGCACAGCGGAAAUUAUUAUUCGGGUACAAGACAUAAACGAUAAUGCACCCAUAUUUGAGGAAAGUGGAUAUGAUAUCCAAGUGGUUGAAAAUACACAACCAGGAACUAUCGUUGUCACUGUAAAAGCAGUCGAUCGUGAUGAUGGAGUCAAUCGUGAGAUCGUUUACUCAUUUGGUCCACACACCUCAGAGUUGCUACAGAACCUUUUAUCUGUUGAUCCCCAAACUGGCGAAAUAAAGGUUAAGGGAGAGAUAGAUUAUGAAGAGAGAAAUUCGUUUAAAAUGGAUGUUCUUGCCACAGACAAAGGCAUUCCACCAAUGCAAGGCCUCUGUACUAUUCAUAUUGAAAUUAUGGAUUUGAAUGACAAUUCCCCAGAAAUAAUUUUAAAGUCUCAGCCUAGCCCUGUUCGUGAAGACGCGCCUGUUGGAACAGUUGUAGCUUUGAUAAGUGCCAAGGACAUAGACUCUGGAGAGAAUGGCAAGGUCUACUUGAAUAUUGCGCCAGGCUUACCAUUUAAAUUGAAACAUUCUGUAUCUAACAACUACGCUUUGGUUACGGACUCCAGUUUGGAUAGAGAAACAAAUCCAGAGUACACUUUCGAAAUUAAAGCUUCUGACUCCGGAACACCGUCUCUCAACUCCAGAAAAACAAUCAAUGUUCGUAUUUUGGAUGUCAAUGACAACCCUCCAGUUUUCUCCCAGCCCUCUUACACUGUUUAUGUCAGAGAGAACAAUGCUGCUGGAUCAAUAAUGUGUUCAGUGUCCGCUUCAGAUCCAGACAUAGGAGAAAAUGCCAAGAUAUAUUUUUCUAUAUUAGACUCUAAAGUGCAAGACGUGUCUGUCUCCUCCUAUAUUUACAUAAACUCAGACAACGGCAGCAUCUACAGCAUGCAUUCGUUUGACUAUGAGAAACUGAAGGUGUUUCAGAUCCAGGUACAGGCAAAAGACCACGGCUCUCCGUCUCUGAACAGCAACGCCACAGUUCAUGUUUUUAUUCUGGACCAGAACGACAAUGCUCCCGCUGUUAUUUACCCAUCCGCUGUCAUGGGCUCUGUCUCCCAUCAGAAGAUGCCCCGGUCCGCUAAAGCAGGCCACCUCACAACUAAGAUAUCGGCAGUGGACGCAGACUCGGGCCAUAACGCCUGGAUUUCCUAUAGGCUAGCGGAGGCCACAGACUCGUCUCUGUUCAGUGUGAAUCUUUACACAGGGGAGGUGAGGACUAAACGCCCUGUUUCAGAGCAGGAUGACUCAUCUCAGAGUCUGCUUAUAGAGAUAAAGGACAAUGGGGAACCGGCCCAGUCCACCACAGUCACAGUCAACAUACUGUUAGAGGACGGGCUCCACGAACCCAUCUCGGAUUUCCGCCAGAAAACAGCGGAGCCCAUCAUGAGAAACAGUAAAAUCACCUUUUAUUUGAUCAUCUCCCUGGCCUCAGUGUCUGUGUUGUCUUUGUUGACUUUUCUCAUUUUAGUGGCGAAGUGCGUUAGAAACAGUAGGAAUAGCUCGAGUUGCUGUAUCAGACGGGCUGAUUCUGACGGAUACAAGAAUCCCAACAGAAACCUGCAGCUCCAGCUCAAUACUGACGGCCCUAUUAAGUAUGUGGAGGUCCUGGGAGGGGACAUGUUGUCUCAGAGCCAGUCCUUCAGGUCGUGUCUCUCUCCAGUGUCAGAGUUCAGUGAUUUCACCCUCGUUAAGCCCAAUAGCACCACUGACUUUAAGGAGAUGAUCAACGUGCUUGAUGCAUCAUUACCUGAUAGCGCGUGGACGUUCGAGAGCCAGCAGGUGAGCAUAUUGUUUGCAUUGGACAUUGAAAUUGAAGAUAAACGUGUUAUUGUUCCCAUCCUUACAAUGCAUAAUAUGGCUGUGUACAGUAUGUUUAAUUUUCGCGAUGUCCAUUGCAGUGGUGCUGAAAGUGAAAACGAACUACUGGUAUUCAUUGGCACAUUUUUACUGUCUAGAUUGUUGCUUGAUACGUAAAUACUUUUCUUGAAAUCUGCAAUGAAAAGAAAACUAAGAGCAUCAGGAACUUCUUUUGUAUUUUCUUCUUUCAGUUAUUUUACUUUUAUUUAUUAUUUUCACGUGAGGUUUUCUUGCAUUUAUUUGAAUUUUUCAUGUCUUUAAUCCUUUUUUUGCUUCGCUGUCUGACCUCAUUGGUUCAGUUUUGCGCUGUCCACUCCUGUGGGUUUUCACUAGUUACUACAUCCACAAAGUCAAAAUGACUAUCUGCUAUUGUAAAACUUCAUGAAAACAAAAAUUAUAUUUUUGGCCUUCAUUUAAGUUUAAAGUUAUGCAUAAGGUUAGUAGUGUCGUUAUUAAUUGUGUUUGGUUUAAAAGCACAUGUUAAGUAUAUAAAUAGGCGGGGUUUCUGACUUUGUGGCUGUGGACUAGUGACUACCGUGGUGCUGAAAGUGAAAACAAACAUAUGCAUUCUUCCUGCACAUUAAUUCUGACUCAAAGGCAUACCUUAUUUAUGUUGUAUAUGAACUGGAAGACAUUUGCUUUAGGAUUUUUGUGCUAUUUUAGAACAGUGUUUUUUCAGCGAUAUGCUGUAGGCCUACAUGCAAUUUAUGUGUAGCCUAAUUUUCUCAAUAAUUUAUCAUGUGUUCUUUUGAAAGUAUUAUUUCUCCAUAGUUGAAAAUACACUAAGAUAACUCAUACAUUGCCUAAACAAUGUAGCAUAGCCUACACUGUCCUAAACCUACAGUGUUACAAUCUUCCAGUCUGCUGCAACAAGCUCUCAAAGUCUCACGUCAGAAUUAGAUGUUCAUCCAUGUUUUUCCAACGCCAAAUUUCGAAGUUGUUCCAAACGUUACAUUUCAAAGUGUUUAAGGUUACGUUUAGGCAUUAACUCCACAUUUUUAAGGUUAGGGUUAAGUUUAGGCAUUAACUCCGAAGGGCUACUGUUUGGGAUAGGCUUUAAACCAUUUUUUUUUUUGUCAUUUAGCAGACGCUCUUAUCCAGAGCGACUUACAGUUAGUGAGUGCAGACAUUAUUAUAAUUUUUUUAUCUCAAAAACAACUUUCUAUUGCUGGAUUUGAACAUGCAACCUUUUGCACCAGAGGCAGAUUGUGCUUUUGCACCAGAGGCAGAUGCUACUUGAAGGUAACAGCACUCACUGUUGCCUCUAGUGGCCGGUUUCCACUUCGUCUCCCGACGUCCUCAGACAUGGAUGGACAUCUAAUACUGACUUGUAUCACGGGUGACCUGGCUGGUUUCAUCACAGUUUGAUCACAUAGCCAGUUUUAUCACAUAUCCCAUUGAUAAUUACAUGUUUUAUAACAUACAAAACACUAUGGCAUUCAGUUCAAGUAAUUAUCCUAUGAUUUGUAUGCUGCACUAAAAUACAAACUAAUCAAGCCAGUUCAUCUUAUCUCUAUGCCUGCCUAUUACAUUAACUCUCAGCCAAUGUCCCCUCUCAUUUUUUGGGGCACUGAGCAAAUUUCAGGUCUGCUGAGCGCAAACUUAAAAGUUGUAAAAAAUCUGUGCAACUUCCAGCGCGUGUUUACUGUGAACACUGAGGCUGUACCCGCUUUAAGUUACCGUUUUAACGGUGGCCAAGUAGGCUACUGUGGCUAUUUGAUCGUAAUGUAGACCUACCAGAGGGGCCUACCAUCAAAAACAAUGGAGAACACGCAUCCCAUAAUAUAUUAACAUGGCAAUAGCUGUUCAAUCAUUCAGCCUACAGUAGCAACCAAUGUGUGGUGUUCAAUGUAGGCCUACAUUCCAUGAGACUUUUGAAAAAAAACAUGCAGGGCUUGACAUUAACCUGUUUAUCCACUUGUCUACAGACAAGGAGGUGACUGAAAAUGGUGUAGUUUGAUGGAAGAAACCACUUUACACAAUAAAAUUAAUUGUUAUUCCCACACCAUUAUUACAGAGAAUCAGAAAGGUAUACUACCCUCUGUCUAUUGGCUACUUGGCUUAUUCAAGCCUUUUUCAAAAUACAACACUGCCCCUUUAAGACAAAAAAAGAACUAUUUACCUGACUCGCUUUUCAAAGAUAUCUCAAAAUGCACACGUUUUGUAAUCUUGUAGGAAGAAAUCACUCCCCUAUUGCAGACUACAAAUUAUCUAAAACUGGGCUAAUAACUCACUAACUAUCAAAGGAUAUUAACAAAAUGUGCACACGUGGCUACAUGCAGCUCUUGCUUUGAUCUCAAAACAAGCGCAUCUACUCAUGACCACAGCUGUAAACACAGUUCAGUUCAAAAUAAAUGGCACAGAUCCAUAUAUGGCAAUGGUCUAUUUGCAUAUAGGCCUACUGCAGCUCUGAUUGGUUAUGCUGCACAAGUCUGUGUAGAGUACCGUCUGAGUCUUGUGUUCUGCCUAUAACAAGAUCUCUUGCAUAGUUCGUUUUGUUUCGGUAUGUUGUUAAUAUUGCGUUGACUCGAUCACAAUUGCCACAGUAAAGGGAAACGUUGAUAGUAUUAACUAACAGGGAAAACUCUAGAAAGUUGAGUGAUGUUCAAUCUUGUGCUUCUCUCCAUGGGCUGAUAUUUCUGCUGCGCUCUGCGCGGCUGUCCCGGGGAGCUGCGCGGCGGUCUUUGGGCUACUGCGCGCCUGCUUGUAGCUUAGGGGGAACAUUGCCUCAGCCUAUAUCUUUGGCUGCACUGUUACUUUAACUCAGAGCUGCUCCUAAUAGUAAUCUAUUGGAGCUCUGUAAACCAAUCAUGUGCUGAACUGUACAAAGAGAUCUAUUCCCUCCCCCAGCCACAGCACCAUAUCCCUUACAAUGAGCAGAGCUGGGAGAGACAUAGCUGGGCUCACAUCGAUGUACAUGUAUUGGAUAUAGCCGUUCAUUUAAGAAAUUACUGUGUAUUUGGAAAUUGCAUUGCAUUCUCUUGCGAUGUGUGACGGAUCAAGUGCUUUAUAUAUUGCACGCUAUUUGUGGAGAUGUGGACGCUAGUCAAGAUAAAGAUGUUUCCAUGGCUGGCAUUAUGGAUGUUCUUUCUCUUGUGGAAUACAAUAGAGGCGCAGACUCGAUACACCAUUCCUGAGGAACUGGACGUGGGCUCUGUUGUUGGAAAUAUAGCUAAGGACUUGGGCUUUGACAUCUCUAAGAUCUCUGAUCGCAAACUGAGAAUAGCCCCCGGGGCUGGUAAGCAAUAUUUCGCCGUGGAUUUGGGAAAGGGCGAGCUCAUUGUAAAUGAACGGAUUGACAGAGAGAGUCUGUGCGGACAAAGCGCCAGUUGUUUGUUACCACUACAGGUUAUCAUUGAGGACCCACUUCAGUUUUAUCGUAUUGAGGUGGAAAUACUGGAUAUAAAUGACAACUCUCCACUUUUCAUGUCAGGUGAGAACACUAUAAAAGUGCCCGAAUCAACUCUACUUGGUGUUCGGUUUCGUUUGGAAAUGGCACAGGACCUUGACGUCGGAAUCAAUUAUUUGCGCUCAUAUUCUCUGAAUAAAAAUGACUUCUUUUCUUUGAACGUUAAAAACAAUAAAGAUGGCACAAAAGUUGCCGAGCUUGUUCUGGAAAAGACUGUAGACCGUGAACAGCAGCCGGUGCACAACCUAAUUCUUACUGCGGUUGAUGGAGGUACUCCAGCAAGAUCUGGAACCACGCAUGUUACUGUGAAGGUGCUAGACAUAAACGAUAAUUCGCCUUGUUUUGAGCAAGACUUGUAUGAAAUCCAACUGAGUGAAAAUGCAGUACCCGGGACAUUAGUAUUGACAGUUAGAGCCAACGACUUGGAUGAAGGCACAAACAGUAAAAUAGAGUAUGCAUUCGAAUCGCAUACAGCAGAGUCAAUUCAAAAGCUAUUUGUAAUCAAUGAAGACACAGGAGAGAUUACUUUAUCCCACGCAUUAGAUUACGAGAAAAGCUCUUCAUAUAAAUUUGAUGUAUGCGCUAGAGACAAAGGCACGCCAUCUAUGGAGGGACACAGUGGUGUCCAGGUAACUAUUGUAGAUGUUAAUGAUAACUCUCCUGAGAUUACCAUCACCUCCUCACCCAAACCCGUGAGAGAGGAUGCCCCAGUAGGUACCAUGGUAGCUCUAAUUAGUGCAAAUGAUUUAGACUCUGGGGACAAUGGUAAGGUCUCCCUUCGUAUGUCUUCAGAUUACCCUUUCAAAUUAAAUCCCUCAUUUGCAGAUCAUUACGCACUAGUGACAGGUGCAUCUUUAGAUCGGGAGAAAUACCCUGAAUACCGUAUUGAGAUUGAAGCAUCGGAUUCCGGGUCUCCACAUUUGACCUCGAAUAAAAUAAUAACAGUUAAUAUAUUAGAUGUUAACGACAACCCUCCAGUUUUCUCUCAACUAUCUUACACGGUUUACGUCGGAGAGAAUAAUGCUGCUGGAUCAAUAAUGUGUUCAGUGUCAGCUUCAGAUCGAGAUAUAGGAGAAAACGCUAAAAUCUCCUAUUCUAUAUUAGAGUCGAACGUACAAUACGUGUCAAUCUCCUCCUAUAUUUACAUAAACUCAGAUAAUGGAAGCAUCUACAGCAUGCACUCGUUUGACUAUGAGAAACUGAAGGUAUUUCAGAUACAGGUGCAGGCAAAGGACCACGGCUCUCCGUCUCUGAGCAGCAACGCCACGGUUCAUGUUUUUAUCCUGGACCAGAACGACAACGCCCCCGCUGUUAUUUACCCUUCGGCUGUCAUGGGCUCUGUCUCCCAUCAGAAGAUGCCCUGGUCCGCUAAAGCAGGCCACCUCACCACUAAGAUAUCGGCAGUGGACGCCGACUCGGGCCAUAACGCCUGGAUUUCCUAUAGGCUGGUGGAGGCCACAGACUCGUCUCUGUUCAGUGUGAAUCUUUACACAGGGGAGGUGAGAACUAAACGCGCUGUUUCAGAGCAGGAUGACUCCUCUCAGAGGCUGCUUAUAGAGAUAAAGGACAAUGGGGAACCGGCCCAAUCCUCCACAGUCACAGUCAACAUACUGUUAGAGGACGGGCUCCACGAGCCCAUCUCGGACUUCCACCAAAAAACAGCCGAGCCCAGUAAGAGAAACAGUAAAAUCACCUUCUAUUUGAUAAUCUCUCUGGCCUCAGUGUCCGUGUUGUCUUUGUUGACUUUUCUCAUCUUAGUGGUGAAGUGCGUUAGAAACAGUAGGAAUAGCUCGAGUUGCUGUAUCAGACGGGCUGACUCUGACGGAUACAAGAAUCCCAACAGAAACCUGCAGCUCCAGCUCAAUACUGACGGCCCUAUUAAGUAUGUGGAGGUCCUGGGAGGGGACAUGUUGUCUCAGAGCCAGUCCUUCAGGUCGUGUCUCUCUCCGGUGUCAGAGUUCAGUGAUUUCACCCUCGUUAAGCCCAGCAGCACCACUGACUUUAAAGACAUUAUAAACGUGCUUGAUGCAUCUUUACCGGACAGCGCGUGGACGUUCGAGAGCCAGCAGGUGAGAGGAUCUUAUAAUUUGUGUUUUUAUUAUCACCGGAUUAUGUCUUUGUUCAUUUCUGACUGUAUCUCCUGGCACUGGGUUUUACCACUUCUAUUCAUUCGAUUCUAUAUAAUUUGGAUGUUUUGCAUUCACUCUUUAUGACAGCUUUUUAAGCUAGAGAUACUUUAUCUGUUUUUUUGCACUGGAUGCGUCUCAAUCUACCGCAUCCGCUGAUGUCGCACUUCCGCAUCUGCGGUGAAAGGUGACAGAGCUGGAGGGUUGUUAGUCAGACCAUGAGGCAUCCCGAAAAUCCGUCUUCUCACAAAAUCAUCUUUAGUUUCCGAACGGUUUGGCCUACAAACUAUUAUGACCCCUCUAUGGAAAGAUGAGACUCCCACUGAUUUAUAAGGACAUGACAGCACAUACAUUACAAAAACAGAUAUGUAAAAUCCCACCGGGUUUUAAAGAACCUCAAUAUUUCACAGGUUCGUGUAAAUUACGUAUUUUUAUGCUAUUUAUGAAUGCAAGUUUUAUAAUAAAAUAAAAUGACACACAAAAAUACAAGUCUAUCUGUGACAUAAAUGAGGAACUGUUCUCUUUGUUCACUUCCAUGCGCUCAGAGAAGGAUUGUACAUUUCAGCACCAUGGACAGCGACACGCCCGCUCCACAGGCCACAAAAACGUCAGCUUUCUGUUUUGUUGCUGCAUGUCCCACACAUCUACUGGACAUACAGUACCAGUCAAAAGAUCGGACACACCUACUCAUUCAAGGCUUUUUCUUUAGUUUUUACUAUUUUACCAUUAAGAAGGAAACAAGUUCCACAAAUUAACUUUAAACAAGGCACACCUGUUAAUUGAAAUGCAUUCCAGGUGACUACCUCAUGAAGCUAGUUGCCAAGAGUGUGCAAAGCUGUCAUCAAGACAAAGGGUGGCUACUUUGAAGAAUCUAAAAUCUAAAAUAUAUUUUGAUUUGUUUAACACUUUUUUUGUUUACUACGUGUUAUUUCAUAGUGUUGAUGUCUUCACUAUUAUUAUACAAUGUAGAAAAUAGUAAAAAUAAAGAAAAACCCUUGAAUGAGUAGGUGUGUCCAAACUUUUGACUGGUACUGUAUGUACACUUUAAGUCCAAUUUCAAAUGGUUUACUUUGACCUCAGAUAAAGGGCUAUUACUUUUAUCAUCACUGUCAUUAUUUCAAAACCAUUUGUGCAAUGGGGAAGGUGGGCAUUUUACAUUACCUCAUGAUUACAUUUCAAUUUCUUCAUGAAAUAUGAUCUGAUGUGCUAGCAAGUUUACAACGCAUUCACCCAUAGCAGAAUGCUGGCUACGACUUUAAGAGCUACUCUGUUUUCAGUUGGUUUAUAUGGUGCUGCGCUGUGCACCAAUAGCAUGCUUAACUGUACAAAGAGAUCUACUCCCUCCUCCAGCCACAGCACAGUAGCCCAUACAAUGCACAGAGCUGAGAGAGACGGAGCUGUGCUCAGCCAUACAUUCACAAUGGAAGUAGAUACUUGGUUAAAAACGAGAGGUGAUCAAUAACAGUUUCCAUGGAAUAUUUUAUUUUAAGCAUGUUUUCCACAUGUUAUUUUUUCGGGAUAUAGCAACAUGAAGAAAUUGAGCUUGGAGGAGAGGACGUGCCUCAGUGAUUGGAGAGCACUAAUGCAAUGGCUGUUGUGUUUUUUUUUGUCUUGGAAUACAACAGGAGCCGAGAUUCGUUAUACAGUUCCAGAGGAACUGAGCGUGGGAUCCGUGGUUGGAAAUAUAGCAAAAGAUCUGGGUUUGGAAGUAUCAGAGAUUUCUUUUCGUGAAAUGAGGAUAGCGUCUGUGGCUGGUAAGCAGUAUUUCAGUGUGGAUUUAGGUAAGGGCGAGCUGGUUGUAAGCGAUAGAAUUGACAGAGAAAGUCUGUGCGGACAGAGCGCCAGAUGUCUCUUGCCGUUAGAAGUCAUAAUUGAGAACCCUCUGAAGCUACACAGAGUGGAAGUUGAAAUUCAGGAUAUAAAUGAUAAUGCUCCUCAUUUUCAAUCAUCUGAGCGCACAUUGAAAAUUGCAGAAUCCACUGCCCCAGGUAUGCGCUUUUCUUUGGAGAGCGCGCAGGAUCCUGACGUUGGCGAUAAUUCUUUAAAAUCUUAUACUCUCAGCAAAAACGAACAUUUCAGCUUGGAAAUAAAGGAUCAAGGUGACGGAAGAAAAGUUCCUGAAUUACGUCUGGAGAAAGCUCUGGACCGAGAGAAUAAGGCUCGACAUCAGCUGUUGUUAACCGCCCUUGAUGGUGGCUCUCCAGUUAGAUCUGGGACCUCACAGAUUAUAAUGAUUGUCUUAGAUAACAACGAUAACAACCCCAUAUUCGAAAAUUCGUUAUACAAAGUAUCUCUAAACGAAAAUACUCCACAGGGGACGUCUUUCCUUAAAGUCGAGGCAAACGAUUUGGACGAUGGCCCAAAUGGAGAGAUCGAAUACUCUUUUGGUGACCAUACUGCACAGUAUGUAAAGGCUUUGUUUGACAUUGAUCCAAAAACGGGGGAAAUGUGUUUGAAGGGUAUGCUGGAUUACGAGAGCACUCCCUCGUACAGAAUCGAAAUUAUUGCUAAAGACAAAGGCAUGCCUGAGAUGGAAGGACAGUGCAACGUCCAGAUUGAUGUCAUAGAUGUUAAUGAUAACCCUCCCCAAAUUAGCCUCACAUCUAAACCAAGCCCAGUGCGCGAGAACGCACCCAACGGGACUGUAGUGGCUUUGAUUAGUGCACGGGACCCUGACUCUGGGGACAAUGGAAAGGUAACACUACAAAUCCCACCAAGCUAUCCUUUUACAUUGGAACCUUCCAUUUCCAAUCAUUAUGCACUAGUCACCAAUGGUGUUCUGGACCGUGAGACGUUCCCAGAGUAUAGCAUAGAGAUAACGGCUACUGAUGCGGGCUCCCCUCCUCUCACCAGCAAGAAAACUAUCCCAGUCCGUAUUCUGGAUGUAAAUGACAAUCCACCCAGGUUUCAUGACUCUGCGUACACUGUGUACGUCAAUGAGAAUAACACACCUGGUUAUAUUAUAUGCUCCGCGUCCGCAUCGGAUAUGGAUUUUGGAGAUAAUGCCAAGAUCUCCUAUUCUAUAUUAGACUCUAAAGUGCAAGACGUGUCUGUCUCCUCCUAUAUUUACAUAAACUCAGAUAACGGCAGCAUCUACAGCAUGCACUCGUUUGACUAUGAGAAACUGAAGGUAUUUCAGAUACAUGUCCAGGCAAAGGACCACGGCUCUCCGUCUCUGAGCAGCAACGCCACGGUUCAUGUUUUUAUCCUGGACCAGAAUGACAAUGCUCCCGCUGUUAUUUACCCUUCUGCUGUCAUGGGCUCUGUGUCCCAUCAGAAUAUUCCCCGGUCCGCUAAAGCAGGCCACCUCGCUACUAAGAUAUCGGCAGUGGACGCAGACUCGGGCCAUAACGCCUGGAUGUCCUAUAGGCUGGUGGAGGCCACAGACUCGUCUCUGUUCAGUGUGAAUCUUUACACAGGGGAGGUGAGGACUAAACGCGCUGUUUCAGAGCAGGAUGACUCCUCUCAGAGGCUGCUUAUAGAGAUAAAGGACAAUGGGGAACCGGCCCAAUCCUCCACAGUCACAGUCAACAUUCUGUUGGAGGACGGGCUUCACGAGCCCAUCUUGGAUUUCCGCCAGAAAACAGUAGAGCCCAGCAAGAAAAACAGUAAAAUCACCUUUUAUUUGAUAAUUUCUCUGGCCUCAGUGUCCAUGUUGUCUUUGUUGACUUUUCUCAUUUUAGUGGUGAAGUGCGUUAGAAACAGUAGGAAUAGCACGAGUUGCUGUAUCAGACGGGCUGACUCUGACGGAUACAAGAAUCCAAACAGAAACCUGCAGAUUCAGCUCAACACUGACGGUCCUAUCAAGUAUGUGGAGGUCCUGGGAGGGGACAUGUUGUCUCAAAGCCAGUCCUUCAGGUCGUGUCUCUCUCCAAUGUCAGAGUUCAGUGAUUUCACCCUCGUUAAGCCCAGCAGCACCACUGACUUUAAGGAGAUGAUCAACGUGCUUGAUGCAUCAUUACCUGAUAGUGCGUGGACGUUCGAGAGCCAACAGGUGAGCAUAGACUGAACCAAACUCUAUGGUGACUGACAUUCAGUCAGCACUCAACCCUCAUGUGCAUCAUAGGAAUGAGGACAGUGCUGUGUUGUUUAUUUAUAAGCUAAUGAAUGUGGUACAUUAUGCAUAUAAGUCAAAGUCAAUUUCAAGCAUGUUAUUCUAAAAGUGUGCGUUUGUGAUGGUAUUGGCCUACAAUUGUUUCAAAUAUUGAUUGAAUGACUCAAUUGACCGGCCAUAUGACAACUCAGUUACUUUUGUGGGAAUUAUAUGAUGAUAUAUGCAUUGUUUUAGUUUUUAUCCGUGAAGACUCGUCUCCUGCUGCCACAAAUAGUGAUUUACCAGAUUUAGCAAAGCUUUUGCAUGUUUUUCUCAGAAGACCAAGUGAAAAAGGAAGAUAAAGUUGUAUUGUAUCAUCAUUAUCUCCCUAAUAUUUUCUUGUUUAUUUGGCCCUCUUCAUCCUUUACGACAGAAACAUGUGUUACUCUUAAAAUCAGAACCAGUCUUUUAUUGUUAGUGUGUGUGCAUGUGACUCUGUGUGCUUGUGAGUGUGUGCGUUUGUGCGUUCGCCUGCACGCGCGGGUAUAGCAGAUGUGGCACAACGAAUAGGGCCCGCAUGUAUUGUCCUACGAUUGGAGAGCUGCCUCUCUUUGUUUGGAGACCCAGGCACCUCCUCUGAAAAAAGUUUCCUUUCAGUAGCUAUAGGAACUUUGCUUGUGAAGGGAGUCGGUGUUACCUUCUCCUCACUUAUUUAUUUUUGCAAUAUGAUAUUUGAAAGUUAUUGAACCUCUAGCAGCCUUCUUUUUAAAAAUGUGUGGUUCAAGGAUAAAGUAGGAUAUUUUCCUGACAUGAGGAGUUGAACAAUGGGAGUUUUGGACGUAAGGAGAAGGGCGGCGGGAAGGCCUGUGCUCUGGCUGUUUCUCUCUGCUUUAUACAGCGCAUCAUUUUCCGCUGAACUUUCUUAUUCCGUACUGGAGGAAUUAAAACCGGGGGCUUUUGUCGGCGACGUAGCGAAGGCCUUGAGCCUCAACGUACCAAUGCUUGUAAACAGAAAUCCACGAGUUGUUUCGGAGUCUAAUGCCAAGUAUUUUGACAUGAAUGCGAGUGGAGUUUUAGUUGUCAGACAAACCAUGGACAGAGAAAGUAUUUGUGGAUUAACUUUGACAUGUUCUCUUACUGUUCAACUUGUUCUUCAGAACCCUCUGGAAUUACACCGUGUUGUUGUGGAGAUAGUGGAUGUAAAUGACAAUUCUCCUCAGUUUCCAUCAGGAAACAUUUCUCUUGAAGUGUCUGAGGCGGCCGCGCCGGGCACUAGGUUUCGUUUGGACAGCGCGCAAGAUCUACAUGUAGACAUAAACUCAUUACGCACAUUCACUCUCAGUCCUAACGACUGUUUCAUAUUGAAACUUGAAUCAAAAAGUGAUGGCAGCAAAUUCCCCGAGUUAUUAUUGGACAAACCGUUGGACAGGGAAAAGCAGGCAGUGUUUCACCUGCUGCUUACGACUGUAGACGGCAGACAGCCUCCGAAAUCAGGGACUACCUCUGUUGUUAUUGAUAUACUAGACGUCAAUGACAAUGCCCCGGUAUUUGACCAACCAAUUAAAACUGUUAGUUUAUUAGAAAACUCUCCACAGGGCACCUUAGUGACUAAACUCAAUGCAUCUGAUGCUGAUUAUGGUCUUAAUGGAAAGAUAUCUUACCUCUUUAGUAAGUACACCUCAGAAACAGUGCAGAAACUGUUCAUUGUGGAUCCCAAAAGUGGUGAAAUCCGAGUGAAAGGGGAGGUGGAUUAUGAAAUGGCUGACAAUUAUGACAUCACUGUGCAAGCCAGGGAUAGAGGGACUCCUGCCAUGGAGUGCUCCUGCCACAUUAAAAUCAAAAUAAUAGACGUGAACGACAACAGCCCAAAGAUCAUCAUAAACUCACUAUCUAAAAUGGUCCAGGAGGACGUGGAAUCAGGCACUGUUAUAGCUCUGAUAAGCAUCAGGGACAAGGACGCUGGUAAAAACGGGGAGGUUGACGUCCACAUCCCCCCUGAGCUGCCAUUUAGGUUGAUAUCCCCCUUUGAGGAGCACUACACCCUGGUGACAGACGGCCCUUUGGACAGAGAGGCUGUGUCUGAAUACACCAUCACCGUGACAGCCACAGACUCCGGCCCACCCCCUCACUCUGCACAACAGUCCUUUGUGAUCGCUCUUUCAGAUGUAAAUGACAACACCCCCAUCUUCUCCCAGUUCUCCUACUCUGUUGAUAUAACGGAGAACAAUACUCCUGGUGCUCUCAUUCUGACUGUGUCUGCAUUCGACCAGGACCUGGGCCAGAACGCUCACCUCUCCUUCUCCAUCCUGGAGAGUGAGGUGCAGGGCUCGCCUGUGUCCUCUUUUGUCUACAUAAACUCUGACAACGGGAACCUGUAUGCCAUGCGAGCCCUCGACCACGAGCAGAUGAAUGUGUUCUGGGUGCAGGUGCAGGUUAGGGAUGCGGGGACACCUGUACAGAGCUCCAACGUGACUGUGCAUGUGUUUGUGAUUGAUGAAAAUGACCACUCUCCUGCCCUGAUCUACCCCGCUCCGCCCCCAGACGGUGUGCUGCAGCUGUCUGUGCCCCGCUCUGCUAGCGUAGGCCACCUGGUCAACAGGGUGGUGUGUGUGGACCCAGACAGUGGGCACAACGCCUGGCUCUUCUACAGCCUCUCUGGGAGGGAUGCAGGGCUCUUCCAUGUAGGGGCCCACAGCGGGGAACUGAGAACAGCCCGUAGAUUUGAGGAGGAAGAUGCUACGUUCACUAUAAUAGUGCUGGUGCAGGACAAUGGCAAGCCCGCUCUCUCCACCAAUGUGCCAGUCAAUAUCACUGUGUCUGAGAAGGGUGCAGACACGUCCUCUCAGGUCAGGAGGGCUCCCUCCAGGCAACAGAGUGGGGGGUCUGGCCUCACCCUGGCUCUGAUUGGCUGUCUGACCUGCAUCUCGGUUGUGUGUUUGGUGGCAAUCAUUGCCAUGGUGAUGCGCUGGAUGAGAUACAGAGGAUACCUGACUUGGUUGGGCCUGGGCACCAGGCAGGCCCUUCACUCCCGCUCUCAUGAACACCUCCACCUGCAGCUCAACAAAGAUGGGCCGUUGCGCUACGUGAAGGUGGUGGGGGGGCCUCAGGAUCCAUACACACGCACCUACAGGCCAUGUUACCCCACCCUCUCCAGCAGUGACAGGGACUUUGUGUUCGUUAAGACUCCCAAGAUGAACCAGAACACUCUGAGUGUAACCCUCACCAACAAACACACUAGCAAAGCCAAAAAGGUGAGAGUUCUCUCAAAAUGAAUACUGUAUGAAUUUAAGUUGGCAGAAGAGACCUGACUUAAACAUGACUGUGUAUUUGUGUUAGUGAAUGUGUGUGGAGGUUUAAUUGUAAAGCACUUGUGGUUACCUCUCAGGAAAGUACAAAGUGAUUUAAUUGUGUUGAACUCUCAGGAAACGACAGACUGUUUUGUUUGGGGUUGAUUAAGUGCUUAAAUCACAGUGAAUCCCCUUGUCUGCCUGGGAGGAGGCUGAAUAUUUUAUAUGACUGCUGGGGAAACCUCUCUGUAGUAGACAUGCUAUUACAGUGAGAGUGUUCUCUCUCAACAUGUGUUCCUGUCCACAGUGACAGGGAUGGGGACAUGAUGAGUAGGAUGUGGGGGUAUGUGGCGGUACAGGUCAUAUAAUGAGGAUAUUAGGGUCAGCUGUUGACCUUAGACUACUUAUUGAAUGAGGUGAAGCUAAUAGAUAGGGGUUGUUGCCCUGAACCCACAGCCAGUAGCCACCUCUCAUGACCUCAUCAAACAGUGUCUCCCUCUCUCUCUGUCUGACUGUGAUUCAUCCCUUUAGUUGGCAACACUCUGAGUCAAGGCUCAGUCAUACUUAGAUGGAAAUAGACCUUCAUAGAGAGAAUAGCCUUUUACUGUAUACUGAAAGGAUGCCAGAAUGGUUGACCUGCUUUUAACCAGACCUACACUACCAGUCAAAAGUUUGGACACUACUUAUUCAAGGGUUUUUCUUUAUUUUUACUAUUUUUUUACAUUGUAGAAUAAUAGUGAAGACAUCAACACUAUGAAAUAACACAUAUGGAAUCAUGUAGUAACCAAAAAAGUGUUAAACAAAUCAAAGUAUAUUUUUUAUUUGAGAUUCUUUAAAUAGCCACCCUUUGCCUUGAUGACAGCUUUGCACACUCUUGGCAUUCUCUCAACCAGCUUCACGAGGUAGUCACCUGGAAUGCAUUUAAAUUAACAGUAAAGUUAAUUUGUGGAAUUUAUUUCCUUCUUAAUGUGUUUGGGUCAAUCAUUUGUGUUGUGACAAGGUAGGUGGGGUAUACAGAAGAUAGCCCUAUUUGGUAAAAGACCAAGUCGAUAUUAUGGCAAGAGUUUCUUAAAGUGCAGUCGCAAAAAACAUCAAUCGCUAUGAUGAAACGGGCUCUCAUGAGGACCGCCACAGGAAUGGAAAACCCAGAGUUACCUCUGCUGCAGAUGAUAAGUUCAUUAGAGUUACCAGCCUCAGAAAUUGCAGCCCAAAUAAAUGCUUCACAGAGUUCAAGUAACAGACUCAUCUCAACAUCAACUGUUCUGAGGGGAUUGUGUGAAUCAGGCCUUCAUGGUCGAAUUGCUGCAAAGAAACCACUACUAAAGGACACCAAUAAGAAGAAGAGACCUGCUUGGGCCAAGAAAUACAAAUUGGAGAUUUUUGGUUCCAACCACGCUGUCUUUGUGAGACGCGGUGUGGGUGUAUGGAUUAUCUCCGCAUGUGUAGUUCCCACCGUAAAGCAUGGAGGAGGAGGUGUUAUGGUGUGGGGGUGCUUUGCUGGUGACACUGUCUGUGAUUUAUUUAGAAUUCAAGGCACACUUAACCAGCAUGGCUACCACAGCAUUCUGAAGUGAUACGCCAGCCUAUCUGGUUUAGGCUUAGUGGGACAAUCAUUUGUUUUUCAACAGAACAAUGACCCAACACACCUCCUGGCUGUGUAAGGGCUAUUUUACCAAGAAGGAGAGUGAUGGAGUGCUGCAUCAGAUGGCCUGACCUCCACAAUCCCCCGACCUCAACCUAGUUGAGAAGGUUUGGGAUGAGUCGGACCGCAGAGUGAAGGAAAAGCAGCCAACAAGUGCUCAGCAUAUGUGGGAACUCCUUCAAGACUGUUGGAAAAGCAUUCCAGGUGAAGCUGGUUGAGGGAAUGCCAAGAGUGUGCAAAGCUGUCAUCAAGGCAAAGGGUGGCCAUUUGAAGAAUCUCAAACAUAAAAUAUAUUUUGAUUUGUUUAACACUUUUUUGGUUAAUACAUGAUUCCAUAUGUGUUAUUUCAUAGUUUUGAUGUCUUCACUAUUAUUCUACAAUGUAGAAAAUAGUAAAAAAAUAAAGAAAAAUCCUGGAAUGAGUAGGUGUGUCCAAACUUUUGACUGAUACUGUAUAUUUGUCAUAUCGCUGAUCAUCUCUGUGUACUGAACUGUAUGACUCCUUAAAGCUUCAUAUAAAUCUACAGUAAUAACUGUUGCAUGGCACGUCACCCUUCAUAGAGAGUAUUCCAGUGUAUGAGAGCAUUACAGUGCUGGCCGAAGGGCUUCUCUAGGCUGCAGGCCGGGCAGUGCUCUGUCCUUUUAAUCCAGCCCAGGGUUUAGAGGAUCAGUGGGGCAGGGCAGGGUUGCAGAUUACUGCCCCACUGACAGACUCUCUCUGACAGGCAGCACUGGCCAGUAGCACAGCCCUACUAAACCCAUGGAUGGAGCCUGGCUUUGGCUAAUGAUCUAGGGUGUUGAAUUAGAUAUAAUAUAUCCUAAUCUACAGCAGAUAAAGCUUGAGUGGUCCGCUUUUUUUGUCAAUAUGUUGGGAGAACUCUAGUUAAAGCUUUAGCAUUAUUAAGCUUGCUUUGAAGUUGCCUGUAACAGGAGUAUGUUUGAUGAUCCUUCCUCUCAGCGGACUCGCUCAAGCACAUCACUGACAGAAUAGCUUGUUCAAUAAUUCACACACAUUCUCUCCCACUGCUUUCUCUAUCACUCUAUCUUACUCUCCUCUCCCCAUGGCCCUGUAACAUUUUCUUUCUUCUUGGCCAACUGAAGGGCAAAAUGGUUUCCAGUGCUGAUGACUGAAGAUGACAUGCCUCCAUAGACAUCAGUGGAAUCUGUCACUGCAUUAUCUUUUCUCUCCUCUCUCCCUCCAGCAAAAACCACCCAACAAUGACUGGCGCUUUACCCAGCAGGGACAAAGACCUGGACCCAGUGGGUAAGUGUUCAGCUUCUUUAAAUAAACACAGUACACACACACGCACACACACACACACACACGCACACACACACGCACACACACACACACACACACACACACACACACACACACACACACACACACACACACACACACACACACACACACACACACACACACACACACACGUCCCUCAUACGUAUACACAUUCACACUUGCAUGUUACUUACUGUGAAUUAAUCAUGUGUGCCUAUGAUAUGCAUUCCAUUGAAAGUUCUAAAGACUAAGGCAGUUGUGUGUUUGAACAGACAGUACACAUUGGUGCCCCACUACUCUACGCACAGAUCCAAUAACACUGGCACUACUGACCGGCUGAAUAAUGGGUAAUAAGAUGGCUGUUAUACAGUAGUUGUGUUAGUAGAGUACUACUAGUAGAAGUGAUUUAUCGAUAUGUUGUGUGAGUGUGGUUAGAGGUACACUACAGCAGGGGUAUGGGCAACCCUCUGGUUGUGGUAGUCUUGUGAGUAUAAGGCCUACCUUAGAUUAGCAAUGUAUUUCACACUAGAACCUUAAUAAAGCAUUGUCUUUUCAGACUGCAAUGGUAGUUGUAGAUGUGACAUAUGCUGCCUCAUUGCUUUUGUAAAAGAUGCUUGGAUUAUCUCACACAUCUUGGUUAACAGACCGUGGCUCCAUUGGUGGAGAAACUGUUGCGCAUCUGAGUGUCUUGGCGUUAUUAGCCACUGAUUACAUACUGUAUAAUUCAUAGAAAGUGUCAUAGUAGAUUCCUUAACAUAUAGACAAUGACUUGUAAUAAGUCAUUGUCCAAUUUCAAUUUUGUGCUGGCACAAAUUAGAAUGUGAGAAACUAUGUACACUAUAUAUACAAAAGUAUGUGGACACCCCUUCAAAUGAGUGGAUUCGGCUAUAUCAGCCACACCUGUCACUGACAGGUGUAUAAAAUCGAGCACACAGCCAUGCAAUAUCCAUAGACAAACAUUGGCAGUAGAAUGGCUAAAGAGCUCAGUGACUUUCAACGUGGCACGGUCAUAGGAUGCCACCUUUCCAAGAAGUCAGUCUGUCAAAUCUCUGCCCUGCUAGAGCUGCCCCGGUCAACUGUAAGUGCUGUUAUUGUGAAGUGGAAACGUCUCGGAGCAACAACAACUAAGCCGCGAAGUGGUAGGCCACACAAUCUCACAGAACGGGACCUCCGAGUGCUGAAUAAAAAAUGGUCUGUCCUCGGUUGAAACACUCACUACCGAGUUCCAAACUGACUCUGGAAGCAAGGUCAGCACAAUAACUGUUCGUCGGGAGCUUCAUGAAAUGGGUUUCCAUGGCCGAGCACCUGCACACAAGCCUAAGAUCACCAUGCGCAAUGCCAAGCGUUGGCUGGAGUGGUGUAAAGCUUGCCGUCAUUGGACUCUGGAGCAGUGGAAACGCAUUCUCUGGAGGGAUGAAUCACACUUCACCAUCUGGCAGUCCGAAGGACAAAACUGGGUUUGGCGGAUGCCAGGAGAACACUACCUGCCCCAAUGCAUAAUCCCAACUGUAGAGUUUGGUGGAGGUGGAAUAAUGGUCUGGGGCUGUUUUUCAUGGUUUGGGCUAGGCCCCUUAGUUCCAGUGAAGGGAAAUCUUAACGCUACAUCAUAUAAUGACAUUCUAGACGAUUCUGUGCUUCCAACUUUGUGGCAACAGUUUGGGGAAGGCCUUUUCCUGUUUCAGCAUGACAAUGCCCCCCUGCACAAAGCGAGGUCCAUACAUAAAUAGUUUGUCGAGAUCGGUGUAGAAGAACUUGACUGGCCUGCACAGAGCCCUGACCUCAACCCCAUCGAACACCUUUGGGAUGAAUUGGAACGCCGACUGCGAGCCAGGCCUAAUCGCCCAACAUCGGUGCCCGACCUCACUAAUGCUCUUGUGACUGAAUGGAAGCACGUCCCCGCAGCAAUGUUCCAACAUCUAGUGGAAAGCCUUCCCAGAAGAGUGGGGGCUGUUAUAGCAGCAAAGGGGGGACCAACUCCAUAAUAAUGCCCAUGAUUUGGAAUAAGAUGUUCGACGAGCAGGUUUCCACAUACUUUUGGUCAUGUAGUGUAGUUAAAUAGAUAGAAACUGAACAUGAACCUGGUUGGCUAAUGAAGGAGUCCAUCUGACUGCCAUUGGACUGAAAGAAUGAGAGGUGAUCGUCUGUGUUUCAGCACGUACAGGUACAGCACCAGCACCCAGCAGAGAUGGACACCGUACGGCAAGGCGAGGUAGAGUAGAGUGGCUUUGCUGAAUGUGCUGCUGUUUGACAGGCUGUAGGCUUGGUGGAGCUGUGUGUAGUCAAGCUUGGCUUCUGGCUGUUGAGCGUGUGGUAAUCUGUACAUGCUCUUGCGGUCUAGCUGUGUAUUUGAAUUGGGUAGAGGCUUUGUAGAGGUGUUUGUAGAUGUGCAAAGCUCAGCAUCGUUCCGUAGUCUGUGUUUUAUACUUGGGUUUGUGGGCUUCGCUGAACUGUCUAGUUUGUCCUUUUAUUCGUAGCGUAGAUUUCCAUGUUCCUGUGGUUCUGUUGGUCUGUUUCUGUCUAUCUGUGUGUGAGUGUAUGUGUGUAAGCUUGCGUGCAUGUGCGUGUGUGUGUGUGUGUGUGUGUGUUACUGACUCCCCUAUGGCUUUAAUAAACCCAACAAACUAAAUUAAACAUUUUCUCUCCAAUCCUACAUUGUAGAUUUGAUCAGUGGCAAAUUAAGGGAUUGAGAAGGACAAUGAUAGUAUCCGAUCAACUUAAUCCAGUUUCUUAUUGAUGAGAAAUACAUACAUUCUCUCCUCUCUCCCAUCCCCCUCUUUUUUCUCUCUCUCUCUGUCUCACUUUCCCACCCACACUGUAACACAUAGUGUUAUGAUGAGUUUCUAUGGUAUCAAGUAAUUCAUGAUGCAAGAAGAUAUUUAACACUUAGCUGGGGAGUUCAUAUAAAUAUUGAAUAGGUACCAUGGUUCGUUAUAACAAAAGGACAGUGCUUUGCCUCUUGCCAUUCCGAACUACUGAACAAAGAAACCAUAUCAUUUAUAUUCCCUCUGUUACACAUUUCUUCAACCACAUCUGGUAACCAUCGGUGGGCACUCCCUUGUCUGAUGUUAUUCCCUUAUACCCCCAAGUCAGUAUAUCAUAUCCAUUGAUCAUUCUAAGAUAUACAUCAGUAAUCUCCCUUGACAGAAUGGAAUCCAUGGCCCCCCAGACUGAGAGGCGCCAAGUCACUUUCUACUAAAUUCAACCUGGUUCCCACCACACUAUGAAAACAUCAUAACACAUAGCAUGGAUACAAGGCACAUAGCAUGGGUACAAGGCACAUAGUAUGCGAACAGCACCCGAACAGCUCAGUUAGUCUCUACUCUGUGUCUGCUUGCGUAUUAUGGGUCUGUGCUACCGAUUAACAUGUAUAGCGCUUACUGAUCAAAUGUCUUCUCCCAGCCUCCAUCUUCUCUGUGCUCUUUGAUGCAGGUGCUCACUCAAAAUGGCUUCUGGAGGCUUGGUGUCGCCAUGCUGACAAUCAUGAUGGGAGGAGAGUGUCCUCGUGUGUGUGUGUUUGUGAGAGAGAGAGAGGUUUAGAUUAUGUGAGAGUGUAUGUGUUCAUGAGAGAGAGAGAGUCACAGUGGAAGAGAGAGUUUUGAGUGUAUCUCUUAUACUAACUCCUCCCCUUCCUCUCCACCAGAGCCGGCCCCCAUCCUGAGGGGGCAGGUGGUGCCGUAGUGGGAACAGGACCCUGGCCCAACCCCCCCACUGAGGCUGAACAGCUCCAGGCUCUGAUGGCUGCUGCCAACGGUGAGUCUGCGGCCUACAUCUCCCCAAAAUCCCCUUUCCUUCUCUCUGUCUUCAGCUACCUCACAAGGUUACCUCCAUCGAUAGCUGUAUGGGAGGGAGGGAGGGAGGGAGGGAGGGAUGGGGAGAGAGAGAAAGAGAGAGAGAGAGAGCAUCUGUUCAUGCAUUCUAACAGGGAGGGCUGGUGACACUGAAGUAUCUCUGUUCUCUGUUGAGGACUGAUACUGCAUACAGACGGGGAGAUGGAGAGCUCUCUGCCACUUGGUACAGCUACAGAGAGAGCCCUGUUGGAGAGCAGCAUCUCAUUCACUAGAUUCUUAGUUCAUACGGCUUGAUUCGAUCAGAGUGGCAGUUGAUAAGGAAACAACACAUCCUUCCUCUGUGUGCCUCCAUUAGGAUACACAGAGAGAGAGAGUGGCUGCCAAGUACACAUGUAUAGACCCCAGUGUGUCUCAACAGUCCCUGUGUAUGAAUGAACCAAUGCAUGAGGACUAUGGGACACAGAGCUCUUUGUUUCAAUGCUCCAUAGCUGCAGUCACCCAGAAACCUGCACGCUGCCUCUCUCUCUAUUAGUGUGCAAUCAGUCAGUCUAAUCCUCAAUUACAAAUUAUAUUUCAUGAAAUCUGAAUAUGCUGCGUGUAGUUGUUUACAUCUGUUCUGUGUGAGAGAGCGGAGGUUCAAUAUGCUGUGAGUGUGGGGGAGGGGAGGGGGUGGCUCAGAACAGUGCUGAGCUGGAGCUGCAAUGCAGUGCAGGAAAGACCCUCAGUUAGUAGAGUUCCUCUCUGUUCACAGCAUCACAACACACCCAGCUAUAACCCUCUCUACCUCCCUCCCUUCUUUCUCUCAGAGGUGAGUGACGCGACAGCAACCCUUGGCCCUCGCUACAAUGCCCAGUUCCCCAUGCAGCAUGUGCCCGAUUACCGCCAGAACGUCUACAUCCCCGGCAGCACGGCCACCCUGACGGCCAACCCCCAGCAGAUGAUGCCCCAGCAGGCCUUGCAGGGCCCACCUCAGGCCAUACCCCAGGUGGACAUCCCCAACGCUGCCCAGACCCCCGCCAGCAAGAAGAAGUCCACCAAGAAGGACAAGAAGUAAGCCAAGCUAACACCAAGCCCCAUCGCCACAGAAACCAAGACCCUGCCCCCCCAUACUACCGAGUAUCCUCUCUCAUUGGAAGCCUUGAUCUUUGUUUUUCUUAAACCAUUCAAUCUGAUAGUCCCAGCAUUUUGGAUGUUAGUGAGCAUAUGUCACUUUGCAAAUGUUUGUUAUGGGCAUUCACUGUACUUCUUGCUUCUAUGGUCAUCACAGCUUACUUCAGGCAGAGGUUAUUGGUGUGUUGUAUGUGGGGUGGGAGGGAGAGGAAGACUACAUUAGAUGUGUAUUGGAUCCAGAUGGAUUUCAGGGACCUGGAAUUCAUGUAGUGACCUAGCUCUGUAUUAUAGCAUUCUAAAGAAAAUCAAAAAAAUAAAAACAAUCUAAUGGUUUGUUUUAUUAAACCAUUUGAUGUUUCUCGAAAAUGACAAGUAGUUGCUUCUUAUGGUGACACAAAUUACAAGUACACCUUUUUGUUAGGCUUCUUUAGAGAACUUGUUUUAGCUCUUUUAAGGGAUGAAAUAGACAAGACGCAUGAUUCAUCCUUAAGAUGAAGAACCACAGAAGAUUACACUAACAUACAUUUGAAGAAAGAGACUAGCUCAAUUUCAUCACAAAAGUACCAAUGUCAUGAGAAUGCAUACUGUAGCGUUAACAUUUUAAAAUGCCUCUAAGGUUCGAUUUAGUUAUUUGACUAGUAAGCAAAAUAACAGAUGCUGAUUUAAUGUUACUUACAAUGGUGACCAUCAAAGUAUAUCCAGCUGCUUUUUAAAAUCUUGCCCAAGCAGGAUUCUGUGGUUAUUUAGAUCAUUUGAGCCACGAUUGUAACCUUUUUCCAUCAUUAUUGGUAGAAUCCUGUAGAGUGGCAUUAAAGCUUAACUUUGUUCAUAUAAUGUAACAUUGUAAAGAUCGAUCAGUGUUUUAUUAACUUAGAACCAGCAUUAUUUAGAUAUUGUGUCAGCGUUGUUGUAACGUUGUAUCAGCAUUAUGCCGGGCUGGCCCUGUGUGAUUGGCUCUGCACUGUGGACUUCUCUAAGGCUCAUAGACAGAGUCCUGUGACCACGUCCCCAGGGUUGGGUGUGUGGUAAGGGCAGAGGGAGGGGAUAGGGUUGCCAGUCUUUGUCCUCUUGCCACAUGUACAGUAUCUCUCCGGCUUUGACAGCCUGUAAAUGUGCUCUCAUCACGUCUUCAGUUCUCAGUCUUAAUUCCUCAGUUCUCUAAGGAGAACCUUGACCAGACCACAUGUUCAGUACACUACAACUCCAUGCACUGGAUGUUCUGUAAGGACAGUUUACAGAAGCCUCUGGAGAAGCCUUGUAGCGGCAUUCAGGGCCAUAUCAGGACCAUGGACAGAGACCACCUCCCGCUCCCCCUCCUAGCAGCAGUCUGGGGCACAGAUAAUGUUUUCAGCCCAUCCUUUAACCUGCCAUCCCCCCAGAUGCACAGACACUCUGCCCCCAUGUAAAUAAGACACAUAGCUAGUCUGUAUGAAUCUUAGAGAGACACAUCACUCUCUCACAACAACCACACAGCUGGCUAGUACUGGAAUGUUUCGAAUAUUUUUCAACUAAAAAAAAUCUGAUUUAAAAAAUGAAAGAAAUAAGUGUUUCAGAUUAAAUGUAGUAGUGUAGUGACUAAGAGUUGAGCUCGCUGACUUAACCAAGCUGUAAAUAAAACUAAAACUUUAAAAGACAGUCGUAGCUAGAGGCUUGUGAAAUUUGUUGUGCAUAUUUUUGUGUUUUCUCUCUAUCGCAUUCUUUCUUUGGUCACUCCAAACUUUAAAGCAUAACACACAACACUUAAAUGUCUUUAAAGUGUGAUUCCAUUUCCCUGUACCUCUUCCUGUGUUUGUGACUUUAAUCAAUUGUUAUGCUACUGGAAUGCCACCCUUGCUCAUAUGAAUAUAAAUAUAUAUGCAUCUUCUGCUGGAAUAAUCCUCUAUAUUCUAUUGUAUUAUCUUUCGUAUUAAAUUGCUUAGCGCUUCUCCCUGUUACACUCUUAUUUUAUACGCUAAUAUUUAUAUUGCUGUUUAUUUGUUUGUUUUUUGUUUACUCUUUGAACACUGACAUUUCCAAAUAAAAAUGUAUUCUAAAAUCAUGUCUUCUCUUUAGUAUUGGCAGUAUUUUACUGAUGAAUGAUGUUCUGUUAGCUGGCAGGAGGCAGGGGAUUAUAAUAGCUAAUGGCAGCGUCCGUAUUGGAGCCUGUCUGUUGGACUGA